UGGUGACGAAACUGAACACGCGUUCUCCGUCUACACAGCCAUAUAGCCCAGAAUAUCAAGGCAGACAAUCCCACAAUAUCUGCUUUGAACUGGGCUACCUGAGUCAGUCCACAGUGCCAUAUAUUACAGUUCAAAGGAGAUGAUGUGGGGUUUUAUUCAGCGGUGUGGACCCCCGUUUUCGAGAAAGAAAUAUAAAAAGUUUGGGGGGGGGGAUGGCGGGUGGGAAGGAGGCACGGGGAUGGCAACUCCCCGAACAUCAUCACUAUUAUCCAUGGUUACCUGCUGUUGCGGCUGCGGCUCUUCUCCCUUCGGGUCUCACCCAAACCCCACCGGAGGCUCAGGAAGAUGGAGAGCGAAGCGGCCGGAUACCGGCAUUGUCCCGGUUUAAGGCUCGUCGCCCAGGUCCGGCUUGGUUCCAUAGCGGGCAGGAGCCCCCCUCGCCGCCCUCAUCCUCGCCGCAGCAGCAUCCGAACCCGCAGCGCCUUCCCCGAAGAGGCAAACGACGGCUCUCCCAAGGCCCCCGCCCCUCUCCUCUGGGGUGCGCUUCUCCUCCUCCGUCUCCUUUUGCUUCCCGCCAAUGCGAAGGGAUCCUUGGGUGUCUUCAACGCCGCGUGUCUCCCUUUGGCCGUGGUUUCUUUGAGAGCGAGCGAGCGAGCGUGCGUGCGUGCAGCGGCAAGAGCCUCCUCUCCAACAGCGCCUUCCUCGAAAAACUCCGCCGCCGUCUAGUAAAGCGCGGGAGGCAGAGCCCGGCGUUUAACCCUUGCCGGGGCGGGGCGCAGCGAGGGAGCGCGGUGCCGGGGAAGGAAGGAGGAGGAGGAGCAGGCGAGGCAAAUGCUUCUACCACCUCCCCUCCCCAAUUUGGGUACAUUUGGCGAGGUCUCAGGAGAGAGCCUUCCCGGUGGCUGCUCUCAGGCUGUUGGCCCUCUCCCUACUCUAUUCCAUUUGAGAGGAAUUCAUCACCAGAAUGAAUAGAACGGCGCUUGAGACUGUUAAGGAGAGCAUUACAAAUUCCCCAGAUGAUGCAUUAUUCUGUUUGGGGGCAAGUUUGAAUCGCAAACAGAUGUACAAUUUGUUUCAGGUUUGGUUUUCAUUUUUAUUUAAUACCGUUGACGAAGCAUGAAAUAAAAAAUCAGAUUAAACAAGCAAUGAAAAUUUUAAAUAAGAGGGAAUGCUUUUCUGGUCAAUAAUCUUGCCUGUCAUUUCUGUAAAGGAUGAUUUGAAAUGUUCUAACUCACCAGCAACCCAGUAUCAUGUUGUUUUGUUUUGCUCUUACAUGCAAGUUGAAACAGAUCUAUCUUUUCUUUUUAUCUUGUAUUAUUUACUUCAUUCACCAUGAACAAAUAGUCAUGUUUUUGCAAAACCACCAGAGUUGUUAAGACUUAACUUGAAAUGUUUAAUGAAUAAGUGAAUGAGUUCUAUUUCUCUCUUUCAUCUCAUGUGUUCUAUUUUAAUUGUUCUGACAAAAACAACUAUUCAGAUCUAAAUUCAAUCUGAAUGUCCCAUGGAAAGAUUAUUAACCCCAUUCUGGUAAGCAGAUCAGCAUUAUAGGUGGGGGGAGAUUAAUUAAUACCUAGAAAUCCAUUGCUAACUAUCAAAUACCAGAAUCUAUUGGAGAAUAUUCUACACCAUGCCAAUAACAUACUUCCUUAGCACAAGGAUCAAGGUGAUAGAAAGACAAAACAGUCGUAGAGAUGAAAGAGUAUAUGGAAAAGCCCCUUCAUUAUGUUCAGUGCAUCAUGGGUUUUAGUGAGGGGCAAAAAAUCCCGGAACUUCAGAAGAAGUCCACAUACAGACCUGCUGGUCCCAGGAUUUCUGCCUCCAUUGUCCAUCUUGCAGAGAGGUUAAAACCAUAAAAAAUGAUAAUGGAGGAGAAAUACAAGAAGGAGGCUCUGAAUGCCAGUAAGAUAAACAGGAAACAUAAUGGAAACAUGGUGAGGGGAUUAAAUUUACUCAUAUCUAAUAUCACAGCCCAUGUCACAAGCAAAGGUACCCACAAAUUAAGUGCAAUUUUAUGAAUAGCACUAGAGUAUUGGCAUCUAGAAAAAAUAGUUUCUCUAAAAGGUGAGCUUCCAAAGGGGACAACAGAGUCAAAAGAAGGAAAUGAAGUAGGAAAGCCUGCAAUAAGUGAGAAGAACCUGGAAUACUAUUGUGCAUGUGAUAAUGUCAGUAUCCUAUUUGAUUAUAUUUGGCUACAUGACAGUGGCAUUUAAUGGCAAAAGAAAAUAACACACUAGGACAAUGCUUCUUGAUAUGAUCAUAUGAAUAAUUUCAAUCACUGAUUGUACCCUUUUGCGGAUGUGUUUGCCUUCAUUUUGAUACCAAUCACAAACAAGUUAUGGAUGCAAACGAGUGACCCUUAUUAGCUCAGUUGACUAUUGGUCCAGGAAGACCUGAGGUCAAGUUUCUGCCCCCUUGAGCCAUGAAAGUGAUUCUUUCUUGGCCUUCUCUCUUGGGGUUGGUGUAAAGAUACAACAGGAAAAUUAGUUUUAUGCUACCAAUAACACUUUGGAGGAAGAGCUGGGGUUAGACUGGAUGGCCCUUGUGGUCUCUUCCAAUUCUAUGAUUUUAUGAAGAAUUGUAUGAAAAGAUGUGACAUGGGCAGACAGACUGCAUAGACACCGUGCCCUGGGGUUAUGAAUCAAUGGGAUACACCAGACACUGAUUCAUCUGCUGCCAGUUCCUGCCCAGUCAAGCUUUCAUAAGUAGCACUGUAUCUCCCAUAUGCACCACUGUGCAUAAAUGUAGCUUCUGCCACCAGUUUGGCUCUCGCUUUUCACCCUCCCAAAGACAUCCCACCCAACCCCCAAUUCUGGUAGCAUUAGGAGCACCUGAGGAGUUUCCCCAAUCCCUUGGGGGAUAAUGAUGCAUAGAGAAGAGUAAAUCUUAGUUUGUGUGAUUACUACUAUUCAUAUUGUUCUUCCUUGUUGUAAGCCGCCCCAAAUCUCCUCGAGGAGAGGGGAUAGGAUAUUUAAAAAGCCUUAUUAUUAUUAUUAUUAUUAUUAUUAUUAUUAUUAUUAUUAUUAUUAUUAUUAUUCUGACACAAAAACACAUUAUAACAUGGCAAAUGAGAUGUAUAUGCUGGAUUUCAUAUCACAAAAUCACAAGUCAAACACUUCCCAAGCGUUUAGGACUGUGUGAUGUAUUUUCAAAUGAUGUGCGCAGAUCCAAGUAAGGUGGCCUUCUGCAGUUGACAGAUCGUGAUUUUGUCAAUGUUUAUUGUUUUCAAAUGCCAGCUAAGAUCUUUUGGCAUGGCACCCAGUGUGCCGAUUACCACCGGGACCACCAGUACUGGUUUAUGCCAGAACCUUUGCAGUUUGAUUUUGACGUCCUGAUAAUGGCUGAGUUUUUCCUGUUGUUUUUUUGUCAACUCGACUGUCACCUGGUAUGGUGACAUCAAUCUUUUUUUUUUCUUUUCUACAACCCUGCGGUCCGGUGUAUUGUGUUCCAAAAAUUUGUCAGUCUGGAUUCAAAAGCCCCACAAUAUUUUUGCAUGUUUAUUUCCCACUACCUUUGCAGGUUUUUGAUCCUAUCAGUUCUUUACUGCUGGCAGGUGAUACUUGUGACAUAAGUUCCAAUGAAUCAUUUGGGCUACAUCAUUGUGCCUCUGUUUGUAGUCAGUCUGUGUGAUUUGCUUGCAGCAGCUGAGGAUAUGAUCAGCUUCCUUGCACAGUCUACAUUUUGGGUCAUCAGCUGAUUUUUCAAUCCUGGCCUUAAUUGCAUUUGUUCUGAUUACUUGUUCCUGGGCUGCAAGAUUCAGGCCUUCUGUCUCUUUCUUCAGUGUUCCAUUAUUGAGCCUUAUCAUCAUCAUCAUCAUCAUCAUCAUCUCUUGGGGGAACCCCAGAAAGUCUGUUUCUGAUAGUCCUAAGGACCAAAGAAGGAUUUCUGCUAUUGCUUGCCCCUGAGCCCUCAUGUACUAAGUUAUGCUCCGGGAUGGGUAGAUAAUCUGUAAAGUAUGCAUAAAUCCAAAAGCCAAACAUGAUUCAUGUUAGUGUAGAUAAUGCACACCACACUGAGUCUUGGAAUUUCAGAGCUCUGGGAUUUCAGAACAGUUCAUAAGCAUCUGAUCUGUGGUCUAUAAAACUCUUUGGAAGACUGAAAAAGAAAUGUAUGUUCUUUUCUAAACUAGCAGAAUAAAAGGAAACACUCUUAAUUAUUUCCAGUCUUUUCCAAAGUGUACAAUGUAAUUAACUAUGAUGUGUUUUUCACAGCUAAUUAGAGAAUAGUGUAACACCAAACUAAUUGGACACAGUAGCACCUCAGAAGGGCAAUAAAACAAGUUUACUGCCUCUUGAGACUGGCAUGUGGGUUAUGCUGCACAUACAACAAGAUUGGAAAAGUUGUGAAGAUCUUUGUUCAUUAAUUUCUUUCACUUUGAGAUCAAGGUUGUUCAUUUUGUGCUAUUCACUUUAUAAACUGGUCUCCCUCCUCACACAUUAUAUUUUUGCUUCUGUACUUUGACCUACUGUAAUACUCAUCAAUUCUAUGUGUUUUAUCAUAUUUCCAUGACUAUAGUAAUUUUCCCUCCUCUACAUAGUUUUUAUCCUAAAGGGAAAAUGAAGUCAUAUAUGAAGACUAAAUUGUAAUCUCUUUGCAGAAUCAUAGAGUUGGAAGAGACCAUCCAGUUCAACCCCCUGCCAAGAAGCAGAAAAAUCGCAUUCAAAGCACCCCUGACAGAUGGCCAUCCAGCCUCUGUUUAAAAUCCUCCAACGAAGGAGCCUCCACCAUAGUCCGGGGCAGAGUGUUCCACUGCUUAAUAGCUCUCACAGUGAAGAAUUUCUUUCUAGUGUUCAGGUGGAAUCUCCUUUCCUGUAGUUGGAAGCCAUUGUUCCAUGUCCUAGCCUCCAGGGCAGCAGAAAACAAGCUUUCUCCCUCCUCCCUACGACUUCCCCUCACAUAUUUAUACAUGGCCAUCAUGUCUCCUCUAAGCCUUCUCUUCUGCAGGCUAAACAUACCCAGUUCUUUAAGCUGCUCCUCAUAGGGCUUGUUCUCCAGACCCUUGAUCAUUUUCGUCACCGUUCUCUGAACACAUUUCAGCUUGUCAACAUCUUCCUUCAAUUGUGGUGCCCAGAAUUGGACACAAUAUUCUAGGAGUGGUCUGACCAAGUUUCUAUUUGUUAGAUAUAAGAUGCUAUUUAUUAGAGCCUGGAAAAGUUAUUUUUUUGGAUAAUGACUCUCAAAAUCCUCCAACGAGCACUGCAACUGGCUCAGCUGUCUGGGAUUCUGGCAACAUUUAAUCAAAACAUUUCUAUACUGCUUUACAUAAUAUUCUAUUUCAGGAUAGCCUGUAAUAUAAAUAAUUAUUUUAAUACUUAAUAAAAUACAAUAAAACUAACAUUCAACUGUCAUGAUAGGGGAACAAAAAUAAAAUUAUCAAUAACAGUUUUAAUUAUAAAAGCCAGACCGUAAUGUUCUACAAACUAAAAUGACGUCAUUAAAAAGUACAGCCUAGCACAAAAAGAGUACAAAUAAGAUACCAGGCAUACCUUUCCAAGCCACUGUUAUUUCUGAAAAUUUUCUGAAAUGAAAACAUAAAGAGUUUUGAAAUUAUGUUUUGAGACUGCAUUUAAAUACCACAAAUCUUGACUUAGAAUGAAAAACUCUGUAUAAUAUUUUCAGUAAACAUAUAAAGAGGAGGAGGUGCCUGGGUUGAUCUCCAUGCCCCAAUUUCCAUUGCCUUGCAUGCAAAGAGGAUAACUUUGAGGUCCGUUUCUGUCCAUGCUAUCUAUGCAUGUCAUAAGGAGGCAUAUAUUUACUUGGAUGUUCUGAAUGCCUGUAAUGAAGAACAGACAGAGGAAAGAGACUUCACUAAUCCUACACUAUUUCUUGUAUGUUUCCUUUUCUGCCCCCACAUGGAAAUUGAUCUUUUAGAAUUGAGAGCUUCCUCUACACAUUUAGGUUCUUCAUAUGAUUCAGAUUGCUUUUAAUAUAUUCUGAAAAAUAUGGAGUGUCAGCACACACAAAAUUCAGAAAAUAACUUUCCACACAAUGCAGACACAGUGACAGAGGAAAUUGUGCUAGUAUGAUGCUUCCCUACUUGUGUGUUUCUUUAACUUACAUUCAGGAUCCUGAAGAGGAAUGCUGAUGUUCUACUAUAUCCAGAUGGUUGCAUAACUCCAUUGAUAAAGGAGCAUCUCUCUUUCAGAAAGUCAUCUUUCAUAUUUGGAGAAUGAAGGAAACCAGGACAGAAAGUCAGCAUUACCCCACUUCCUUACAUAUUUAUUCCCUAUACAAUGAGAACAUAUAAAUAAGGAUAGGCUCUUCCCCCUUUGCGAUUUUUGUUCGAGUGUUUUGUCCUUGCUGUUACACAUCUAAACAAGACAGAAUCUCCCUGCCCACAUACAAGAAACACUUUCCAUAUCAGCUUGAUGAUUUCCUUAGUAAGGAUUGUUAGUAAGGACUUUCAAUAAGGAUUGAGAAGAUAAUUUGGACAGAUAUCUAUGGAGUUUCUCUCAUAAUACAAGAGUCUGAAUCUGUCCAAAGAGGGUGAAAGAAAGGAGUUUCAGUACAAAUAAAAGAAAACUAUUAGUUCUUCACAAAGGACAUGGCUAAAUGAUUAACUUUUCUACUACAAGAUGACACAAUGACCACCGAAAAUAUCUUUUCAUGUAGAAAACACCUUUCCCCCAUGUAUCCUGUUUUCCACAGAAUAUACCAUUUAUUUCUAUUUUCUGCAAAAAAAAAAAAAAACCCUCGUGUGCUACUCCUUUGUACAGAAUUAGUCUACAGAAACUGCACAAUUUUAAUGACCUUCUCAGUGCAAAGAAGACUGCUUAAAUUACAUGUUGCUUCCUUUGAGAGGAAAGCUAGUGAAAUACCGUAUUUUUUGCUUUAUAAGACGCACUUUUUUCCCCCCAAAAUAGAGGGAAAAAGUCAGUGUGUCUUAUAAACGCAAUAUGACCUCACGUGGGCGGAGCUAGAGCGCGAUCUCGCUGCUGCCGAUGACUUUUCCCUUGGAAGGGUGGGGCGGGGAGGGGAUGCAACCAGUACUGUUUCUCAAUAUGGAUGAGUAUUUACACUGUUGUAAGCUGCUCCAAAUCCCCUCAGGGAUUUGAGGGGAAGGGACGCGACUUGUUUCCCCGCCUAAGAAGAAGAGGAGAGUUUGGGAGGCGCCAUUGAGCCCGUUUCCUUGGCUCUGGGAACUGAGAGCGAGCAGGGGGAAGGGGCCGUCCUCCUCC